CCGCCUAUCUUCUUCGUUGUUGUGUGUGGAAUCAGUGACGGAGAAGCUGCGUGGUUGGAGAUCCAACGAUGAACGCCGAUGGCCGAAGGCGAGGAGGAGGAGGAGGAGAGCGCAGAGAUCCAAGAAUCUCGAGGACGCAGAAGCUCAUUCUCACCACCGAAGAACAACUCGAGUCCAACCUCGGCUUCGAUCUCUUCUCCCAAGGCGAUAAACGCCUCGGUUGGCUUCUCACAUUCUCAUCCUCAUCUUGGGAGGAUCAGGAAACCCACAAGGUCUACAGUUGUGUUGAUCUUUAUUUUGUUUGUCAGGAUGGUUCUUCUUUUAAGUCCAAGUACAAGUUCCGGCCUUAUUUUUAUGCGGCCACCAAGGAUAAAACGGAAAUGGACGUUGAUGCGUAUUUGAGAAGACGUUACCAAAGUCAGAUUGCUGAUAUAGAAAUUAUAGAGAAAGAGGACCUUGAUCUUAAAAACCAUCUGUCUGGUUUACGUAAAGCUUAUUUAAAGAUAUCCUUCGAUACUGUUCAACAACUGAUGAAUGUAAGGAGUGAUCUCAUGCAUGUUGUCGAAAGAAACCAGGCAAAAUUUGAUGCUGCUGAAGCUUAUGAGUCUUUAUUAACAGGGAAAAGCAAACAACGACUUCAGGAUUUCAUAGAAUGUAUUGUUGAUCUUCGUGAGUAUGAUGUUCCUUACCACGUUCGCUUCGCCAUUGACAAUGAUGUAAGAUGUGGGCAGUGGUAUGAUGUCAGUGUAUCCAGUGCUGGAGUUAUGCUGGAAAGGAGAACUGAUCUCUUGCAACGUGCCGAAGUUCAUGUUUGUGCAUUUGAUAUCGAGACCACAAAGCUUCCUUUAAAAUUUCCAGAUGCCGAGUAUGAUUCAAUUAUGAUGAUCUCCUACAUGGUUGAUGCGCAAGGGUAUCUGAUCAUUAACAGAGAGUGUGUCGGAGAAGAUAUAGACGAUUUGGAGUACACUCCAAAACCAGAAUAUGAAGGCUAUUUCAAAGUUACAAAUGUGAAAAAUGAGGAAGAGCUUCUUAGACAGUGGUUUACUCAUAUGCGAGAGAUGAAACCAGGGAUUUAUGUUACAUACAAUGGUGACUUUUUUGACUGGCCAUUCGUGGAAAGCAGAGCAGCCCAUCAUGGGUUUAAAAUGAGUGAUGAGCUGGGAUUUCGUUGUGACAAGGAUCAAGGGGAAUGCCGUGCCAAAUUUGCUUGCCAUCUGGAUUGUUUUGCAUGGGUCAAACGUGAUAGUUAUCUCCCCCAGGGAAGCCAUGGCUUAAAGGCUGUUGCCAAGGCUAAAUUGGGUUAUGAUCCAUUGGAGGUGAAUCCCGAGGAUAUGGUUCGGUUUGCAAUGGAAAGGCCCCAGAUGAUGGCUUCCUACUCUGUUUCUGAUGCUGUUGCAACUUAUUACUUGUAUAUGACCUAUGUCCAUCCCUUCAUUUUCUCCCUUGCAACCAUAAUACCCAUGCCGCCAGAUGAGGUUUUGCGUAAAGGAAGUGGAACCCUUUGUGAGAUGCUUCUGAUGGUCCAGGCAUACAAAGCAAAUGCUAUUUGUCCUAAUAAGCACCAAUCUGAUCCAGAAAAGUUCUAUAGUAACCAGCUCUUGGAGAGUGAGACAUAUAUUGGUGGCCAUGUGGAAUGCCUAGAAAGUGGUGUUUUCAGAUCUGAUCUUCCAACUAGUUUUAAGCUUGAUCCAUCUGCUUAUGAGCAACUGAUCAACAAUCUUGAUCGUGAUCUGCAAUAUGCUAUUAGAGUAGAGGGUAAGAUGGAGUUGGAAUCAGUAUCAAAUUAUGAUGAAGUGAAGGAUGCCAUCAGGGAAAAGCUUAUGAAGUUGCAAGAUGAACCUAUACGUGAAGAAUGUCCCCUCAUUUAUCAUCUAGAUGUGGCCGCAAUGUAUCCAAACAUUAUCUUGACAAACAGGCUCCAGCCAUCAUCAAUAGUCUCAGAUGAGGUCUGUACUGCAUGUGAUUUCAACCGGCCAGGCAAAACUUGUCUUCGGAAGCUUGAGUGGGUCUGGCGUGGGGAGACGUACAUGGCAAAGAAAAGUGACUACUAUCAUUUGAAGAGGCAAAUUGAGUCCGAGUUUGUUGAUAGUGGAGAUGGCCAGUUGUCAAAAUCUUUUCUUGACCUGCCAAAAAUGGAGCAGCAAUUGAAACUCAAGGAGCGUCUAAAGAAGUACUGUCAAAAGGCAUACAAACGUGUACUCAACAAGCCUGUAACUGAGCUUCGAGAAGCUGGGAUCUGCAUGCGGGAAAACUCUUUUUAUGUGGAUACUGUCCGCAGCUUUCGAGAUAGAAGGUAUGAGUACAAAGGACUCAAUAAAGUUUGGAAGGGCAAGCUGUCAGAAGCAAAGGCUAGUGGAAAUUCUAUAAAGAUCCAAGAAGCACAAGAUAUGGUAGUAGUCUAUGAUUCAUUACAACUGGCUCAUAAGUGUAUUCUCAAUUCCUUCUAUGGAUACGUCAUGCGCAAGGGUGCAAGAUGGUACUCUAUGGAAAUGGCUGGAGUUGUUACAUAUACUGGUGCAAAAAUCAUUCAAAAUGCUCGUUUACUUGUUGAGAAAAUUGGACGGCCACUUGAAUUAGACACAGAUGGUAUCUGGUGUGCUUUACCUGGAUCAUUCCCAGAGAACUUCACCUUUAAAACAAAAGACUCAAAGAAGAAGCUGACAAUUUCAUAUCCUUGUGUUAUGCUUAAUGUUGAUGUUGCAAGGAACAAUACAAAUGAUCAGUACCAGACACUCAAAGAUCCUAUUAAUAGAACGUAUACAACACAUAGUGAAUGCUCAAUUGAAUUUGAAGUGGAUGGACCCUAUAAGGCAAUGAUUCUUCCAGCUUCUAAGGAAGAAGGCAUUUUAAUUAAGAAGCGAUAUGCUGUGUUUAAUGAUGACGGGACCCUUGCAGAGCUUAAAGGUUUCGAGAUCAAGCGUAGAGGUGAGCUGAAGCUCAUCAAAGUUUUCCAGGCUGAGCUUUUUGACAAAUUCCUUCAUGGGUCAACCUUAGAGGAAUGCUACUUUGCAGUUGCUUCUGUUGCAAACCGUUGGCUUGAUCUUCUUGAUAAUCAAGGCAAGGAUAUUGCGGACAGUGAGUUGCUUGAUUACAUAUCAGAAUCAAGCACGAUGAGCAAGUCCUUAGUGGACUAUGGUGAACAAAAGUCAUGUGCAGUAACCACUGCAAAACGUCUUGCUGAUUUUCUUGGUGAUACAAUGGUUAAAGACAAAGGACUACGUUGCCAAUAUGUUGUUGCAUGUGAGCCAAAAGGGACACCAGUAAGUGAGCGUGCUGUUCCUGUUGCAAUAUUUGAAACUGAUCCUGAAAUUAUGAAGUUUUAUGUACGGAAGUGGUGCAAGAUUUCAUCAGAUGUUGGCAUCCGAUCCAUUAUUGAUUGGUCCUACUACAAGCAACGGCUUAGUUCGGCAAUUCAGAAAAUUGUUACCAUUCCUGCUGUAAUGCAGAAGGUUGCCAAUCCUGUACCUAGGGUAGUUCAUCCUGAUUGGUUACAUAAGAAGGUUCGUGAGAAGGAGGACAAAUUUCGCCAACGGAAAUUGGUUGAUAUCUUCAGCUCACUGAAGAAGGAUGGUGUGGUUAAAAUGAGUAUUGAUGCUAUGACCACCAAUCAAAUAACAGAUGAGCAGAAUGUUAAUGAUUUGGAGGACUUCAAGAGCAAAGGCAGAUCUUCUGUCAAUGGAAUUAGGCCUAUUGUUCGUUGUUAUGAAGUCAAUAAUGGACUGCAUUCAGUUAAGGCAAGCUGUCAAGUGAAUUCGCCGCAGAAACAAAAUGGAGGCAGAAGUAUGUGCCAACCAUUGUCACCUCUGCAACAAAAUAUUAUAAAUAUAGAAGAUAUUGACAGAAAUGUGGAUUAUCAAGGAUGGCUUGAAAUAAGGAAGAGAAAGUGGAAAGAUACUCGUGAGAAAAGGAAGCGGCAAAGGUUGGGAAAUUCAAAGACAUUAAACCAAGCUAAUGGUGAUUUUGAGAUGCUGGAUAGUAUUAUAAAUCAGAAACAAACUCGGGGAAAAACUGGGGUCAAUUCAUAUUUUGAGAGGCAUGAAUUAGCCCUUACACGCUGUCACUGGCAGAUAAUUCAACUUGUAUCAAGUUUGCAACAUGGCCAAUUGUUUGCUUGGGCAGUUGUAGAAGGAGUCAUGCGUAAGAUUCCCAUAAAAAUACCCAGAGUUUUUUAUCUGAACUCUAAAGCUCCUAUAACUGAAGAAUUUCCUGGAAGGCGUGUCAACAAGAUUCUUCCUCAUGGACGCCAUACCUAUAACUUGAUUGAGGUAAUAAUUGAUGAAGAUCAGUUUAGGGCAGAAAGCAAGAAACUUGCAGCUCAUCUUGCAGAUCCAGAAGUUGAGGGAAUAUACGAGACAAAUGUGCCGGUGGAAUUUAAUGCUAUCCUUCAGAUUGGUUGUGUUUGUAAAGUGGAUAAAGCAGCUAAGAAACGAAAUCCCCAAGAUGGCUGGAGCCUGGAUGAAUUGCAUAUGAAGACCACAACAGAAUGCUCUUAUCUGGAACAGUCAAUUUCUUUCUUUUACUUGUAUCAUAGCAUAUCUGAGGGACGAGCUAUGUAUGUUGGAUAUUUUCCUGCAUCUAGGACAAUAUCAGUUGUGGUGGUUAAUCCUUUCCAGAAUAAGGAAUUAUCACCACAUAUUCUAGAAAAACAAUUCCGUGAGGCUUGCCAAGCAUUGUCAAUUGAACCUCCCAUUCCUAGAGAUAGUAUCAAUUUUAAGGUGGACUAUGUUGCCUAUGUCAAAGAUGCCGAUAAGAUUUUACAAAGAACAAUAAAUGAGCACAGGCAACGGCAUCAUGCACCUACAAUUGCAGUCAUUGAGUGCCCAAAUGUUCAUCUGAUGAAGUCAGGCAUACGUGCUCUGGAUGAUUUCCCAUGUGUGAACAUCCCUUGUAAUGCUCGUGACAGUAACUAUCAGGCUCUUGGGUGGCAAAUUGUGGCAGCAAAAAUUGGAAUGCAACGAUGUGCUGCAUCAUCUCAGUGGUUGAAUGAGAGAAUUUCUCUUUCAAAAUAUGCUCAUGUUCCAUUAGGGAAUUUUGAACUUGAUUGGCUUAUGCAUGCAGCAGAUAUCUUCUUUUCGAGAGCAUUACGUGAUCAGCAACAGGUACUUUGGAUAUCUGAUAAUGGCAUUCCAGACCUAGGUGGCAUUAAUGAAGAAGAGUCAUGUUUUGCUGAUGAGGUCAAUCAACCUGUUCUUACUUAUCCUGGGGCAUACAGGAAAGUUACUGUAGAGCUAAAGAUUCAUAACCUGGCUGUUGAUGCUCUUCUGAAAAGCAACCAGGUGAAUGAAAUGGAAGGAGGUGCUUUAUUCGGGUUUGAGCAGGAUUUGAAUCCCGGAUCACAUAUUUUCAAUGAAGAGUGUUGCUUUGAUGAGGCUACCUCAUGUGCACCUGCAUUCCGUGCUCUCAAACAAUUGAUCCAAAGAUGCCUUGCAGAUGCAGUUACAUCUGGAAAUGUAUUUGCUGAUGCAAUAUUGCAGCAUUUAUAUCGAUGGCUUUGCAGCCCAAAGUCAAAACUGCAUGACCCAGCUCUUCACCGUAUGCUUCAUAAGGUCAUGCAAAAAGUGUUUGCACUAUUGUUGGCGGAGUUUCGUAAGUUGGGUGCCACAAUCAUAUUUGCCAACUUUUCAAAAGUAAUUAUAGAUACAGGAAAGUCAGAUUUAUAUGCAGCCAAAACUUACUGUGAUAGUUUACUCAAAACUCUGCAAACUAGAGAUCUAUUUGAGUGGAUUGAGCUUGAACAACUGCAGUUCUGGCGUUCGUUGCUUUUUAUGGAUCAGUACAAUUAUGGUGGAAUACAAGCUAGAAUCAAUAGUGAAACAUUAGAAGGUAUUUCUGAACCAGAAAAUGAAAUUGUGCAUGAUGUAUCUCAAGUGGAUAUUGUUUCAAGCUGGAAUAUUGCUGAAAACUUACCUAAGGCAACUCAGGAUCACUUCAUUUUGAUUGUCUCUGAAUUUAUGUAUAUUCCAUGGAAAUAUGCACGAGAACAAACUGCAAUUAGAGCAUCUUUGAGGGAUGGCAACUUAUGCACUCCAUCAAUAACUGCUGCAGCUGCAGAAACUUUUGAGUCACACAUGACAGAAUAUCUCAGGGAGCAAAUCAGUUCUUACUUUGCAGAUAAACUUCUAAGGAUUGUUCGUGAUACCAUUCUUCAUAUGAAGGGAACGAGCAAGUCUAAUAUUGACCAACAUGAUGGGAAUCCACUAGUCAAUAAUAUCAAUAUGGGGGAUCCUGCACUAGAGUUCAUUAAGCAUGUCUGUGCUGUUCUGGCUCUUGACCAAAAUGUUCAGCAUGAUAUUCUGAUUAUGAGGAAGAAUCUGUUAAAAUAUGUGCGAGUGAGGGAAUUUGCUCCAGAAGCAGAGUUUCACGAUCAGUGGCUAUCCUUCACUUUACCAAAUGUGAUUUGCAGCUACUGCAAUGACUGCAGAGACCUGGACUUGUGCCGUGAUCGAGCUUUAUUGGCUCAAGAGUGGCGCUGUGCUGUGCCACAAUGUGGACAGCCCUAUGAUCGUGAAGUAAUGGAGAACGCUCUUCUUCAGAUUGUACGGCAGAGAGAACGCCUCUACCAUCUGCAGGACCUAGUGUGCCUCAAGUGCAACCAGGUUAAAGCAGCACACUUAGCCGAGCAUUGUGCUUGUGCUGGCUCAUUUAGAUGCAAGGAAGACAUGUCUGAGUUCCGGAACAAAAUGCAGGUUUUCUUGAACAUAGCUGUCCAUCAGAAAUUUCAACUACUCCAAGAAUGUACCUCGUGGAUUCUCGAAAUUAAAUAAAUUCCAGAUCAGGUAUCUUUUUUGCGUGUACUUGCACUAACUAUAUUAUGCCCGAGCUGUGACGGAGCUAAAAGUGAACCAUUUAACUGGACGGGAUAAAGCUGCUUCUGACCAUGGAGAAUGGAGAAAGAUAAUAGCUGUAGAACCUUGAUACAUGCAUGCCUGCUGUUAAUUCUGCAAAAUGCAAUGUACAUUAUGAUGAUGCAAAUAUUAAGGAAAUCACUAUUGAUAGAGUACUCAAAAUCACUAAUUGAAUGCAAUUCUUUUAUUUGUAUAUAGAAUGAAGAGUUUGAAUUGUAAUCCCUUCACAGUUUCACUUUUGAUCAACCAAAAUUAAUUGGUUUUUGUAUUUGCUCCACUUUUGUGGUGGGUUGUACCAUGUAAUAGGAUGACUGUCAGAUGAGGAUCCUUUAUGCUAGUACAGUUGGCUACUGCUUUCUUUUCUUU